AAUUUAUAUUUUACAGGGUGUGCCAAUUGAACCAUAGCAGCACUUUGAUUGGAUUCAGAGGGAAUGCCCAGCUUUCACAGACGUUGUGUGCAAUAUAUCCUACUUCACGUACCCUUGCUUUACACGUGUGUCACUUUAGUAACGCUCUUAGGAAAAGCCUAAACAGAUUAAAAACUAGUGGAAUCUGGUAGCCCUGAGCAUGGACAAUGAGUUAAGCAUUUCUGCAUCAUCUUUACAAACUCAUAGUGUCAAGGGGAAGUUUUCCUUAUCAGGGAGUAGAAAGCUAUUCUUUGACACCCAUGCUCUAGUGUGCCUGUUGGAAGAAAAUGGGUUCACAACUCAGCAGUCAGAGAUCAUUGUAUCUGUGUUAGUGAAAAUUCUGAACACCAACAUGGAUGUGAUUUACAAGGACAUGGUCACCAAAGUGCAGCAGGAAAUCACUCUUCAGCAAAUAAUGUCUCUCAUUGGUGGUGUGAAAAAGGAUAUGAUUAUUUUAGAAAAGAGUGAAUUUUCAGCACUCCGAGCUGAAAAUGAGAAACUGAAACUUGAACAAGUAAUGGAUGAAGUUACCAAAGUUCGUGCAGAUAACAAAUUAGACUUCAAUCUAGAAAAGAGCAGAGCAAAAGAGCUGUAUUCAGUUAAUGAAAGAAAACUGCUGGAAAUAAGGACAGAAAUAGUAGCAAUGCAUGCAAAACAAGACCGAGCUCUAACUCAAACAGAUAGAAAAAUAGACACAGAAGUUGCAGGACUGAAAACAAUGAUGGAAUCGCACAAACUUGAUAAUAUUAAAUACUUAGCAGGUUCAGUAUUUACAUGUCUUACUGUAGCACUGGGAUUUUAUCGUCUGUGGAUGUAAUAAAGUAUGUAUAUAAAAGGACUUGUGCUCUCUUGCCUUAUGAAAAUCAAGAAUGUUUUCUCCUAGCUUCAAGAAUUCAGUCUUCACUUUAAAGCAAGUCAAUACUAUUUUAUUUAUAUUUCUUUUUAAAAAUAAUUCUGUAUUGAGAAUGUAACCAAAAUGUGUCUGGGAGUAAGUUCAUGUAUCUUAGUAUAGGGAGAAGAUAAUGCCUGGUCUGUGCCAGAGGUUGUCUACACACCUCUGCCAAUUCCCCUCAAGGCUUGACCUGCAGCAUCCAUUUGCUAUUGUAGUUUUAGCACCUCAUUUAAGCAGACAGCCAGUUGUACCAAAUUGUGUAGUGACUGUAUGUUGUGGCAAAGAAUCCACUAAGUGUUACAUGCCAAAGUCUGCUAUGAUGCGCAUGUGCAGUUACAGUUGUAUGUAUCAGAACACAAUUUGGUUGUAAAAUUAAAAUCUCCAAAUAUAUUUAAUUUGUGACCUUAAGUGCAAUUUUGGACCUAAACUUUGGAGAAAAACACUACUGGAUUAAUGCACAUCCCACACACUUCCUCUUUGUUAAUAAAAUGUGUUCAUAUAUUGUAAAGAAAUAUUUUUCUAUCUCUUAUGCUAAUUUUUAAAAUGUUUCCAUCAUGGUUUGGUUUCCAAACUACCGUCCAACCAAGCAUUUUUCUGUUUCAUGAAAGAGUAGUAUGAUGAAAAUAUUUCUGUGACCUUCUUGUGUUUUUUUACAUAGCAUGUUAAGAACUCACAUUAAGAAUGGAUAAAGUUCUGAAACUUAUUGCAUAUGCUAAUUGUAAAGUUUGUACUAAAGCUGAAACAAGUUUCAAGAGCAGUGAGAUCAAAUAGCUUAUAUUAUAUCUCUGUGAGCCCAUGUAGAGAUACAAACUUCCCUGUCAGUGUUUGAUUGAUAGAAGAGAAUUGCAUCUUCUACUCUGGAGGGGAGAAUUAAAGCUGAUUACUUCUCUUGUAGGGAAGAAAAAGCAAUUGGCCAUGACUUGCUAGCAUGACAGCCUUAGGGUGAUGAUCAUAAGGGAAUGUCUACACUAACCAUUUCCCCAAAAGUUUCCCACUGGUUCUACAAAUGGUACAGCUGUUUUAAUGGAAGCAAUGGUAGGAACACUAAUAUAGACUAGCUACAAGUGUGUUUAAAUUUGUUCAGAACAAGGUCAUAUGAAAUGGUUGUUAAAAUAUCAAUGCCCUUUUCUAGGGCACCAAUCAGGAGGUGGGGGGGCGGGUUAUAGGGAAACAGGACCAGUGUGUCCCAGCGCCAAUCACCAGACAGCUACUAGGUCUGAUCACCCUCAUUAGCCUAAGGUUUUGUCUUUCUCUUUUUCUCCCUCUCCCUCUCCCCUUUCAGGGUACCAUUCUUGUGCUCCCUGGUUGGCUGGCUAACUUGUGUAUAUAUGUCCCACUAGCAAUUUAAUUUUCUUAGCUGUUGGGGCUAUCAUUUGUUAUAUGAAGGCAGAGAUUAGACAAGAUGGAGGUAGAAGGAUCUUGCAAAAGUUAGGACUAGCCUGGAUCUAAAGACUAAUGCCCUGUUGUUUAGCCUGCUAGCCACAUGUGGCUAUUUGACCAGUUGAGAGUGGCUAGUUCACUGUAGCAGUAACCUCUAUAGUGGCUACUUCCUCAGAACUGGUUGUACACAACAGGGCUAAUGGAUAAUCAUUAAAAUGUAACACUGAUAAUAAUCUGACAUUAAUCACUCGAUAAAAAGAAUCGAUUGGUCUUUCUGAUGAUCAAUGUAUACUUCAGUCUUUUAUGUAUAAAAGCAAAUAGUGGGAACUGUACAGUCUAAUGUAACAAGAAUAUCUCUGAUCAUCUGGAUGCCUACGCAGUUGAUGAAAUGUCAUAAUACUAAAAUGUUAGUGAAUUUCAAAUUUAAUUUUCAUAUUUAAUUUCAAAUUUACAGUGAAUUCUUCUGAAAAGUGACAUUCUUCUAUUAAAGGAAUCUGAGACUUUAGCAGUGAAAUAAAGCAGCAAAAUUAUAUUAUUUUUUUCUCCAGAAAUGGAUCUUGAAGGAAAAACAGCACACUCAAUGUUUGCAGUAGACUGAGAUUAAUAAAGUUAACGUGGCAUCCAGAAAAAAGGCAACAUAAAUAAUAGGAAACAUUCAG